UCUGAAAACAAAGAAAGAGAGGAGAAUGAACACAGCUUUUGUCAAUACAAGGCUUGAAGCCCAACAGCCCAAGAAGGCCCAACUAGUUGAUGAAUAAAAAAACCAGGGAACGGUGUGGAGUGGGUGAAGACUGAAGGAGGAAAGAUGAAGCUGAAAGUGUAUGCGGAUCGUAUGUCUCAGCCAUCCCGUGCGGUUCUCAUCUUCUGCAAAGUAAAUGGAAUUGAUUUUGAGGAAAUCAAAGUCGAACUAUCCAAACGCCAGCAAUUAUCUCCCGAGUUCCGAGCCGUUAACCCUUUAAGGAAAGUCCCUGCUAUUGUUGAUGGAAGGUUCAAGCUAUUUGAGAGUCAUGCAAUUCUUAUCUAUCUUGCUUCUGCUUUUCCGGGAGUCGCAGACCAUUGGUACCCGGCUGAUCUUUCCAGGAGAGCAAGAAUUCACUCUGUGUUAGAUUGGCAUCACCAGAAUUUGCGUCGUGGGGCAGCCACAUUUGUUCUAAACACUGUACUAGCACCACUAUUGGGUCUACCACUAAACCAACAAGCUGCUGCUGAAGCUGAGAAAAUUUUGAUUUCAUCUCUGUCAAAAAUAGAGAACAUUUGGCUUAAUGGGGAUGGACGGUACUUGCUCGGUGGCUUACGACCAUCCAUAGCAGAUCUCAGUCUGGUUUGCGAAAUUAUGCAAUUAGAGCUUUUAGAUGAGAAGGAUCGUGAUCGUAUUCUUGGCCCACACAAGAAAGUUCAGCAGUGGAUUGAGAGCACCAGAAAUGCAACGAGGCCUCAUUUUGACGAAGUUCAUAAUGUCCUUUAUAAGCUCAAAAUGAAGCUUUCCAUGCAGCAAUCUAAUCAGGCACAUGGCGGGAUGGAACCUAGGACUAAAGCGCAACUAACUUCAAAGAUGUGACCAUACAAUCAUGUCAGGAACGUACUUGUGACAACUUUCUUGAUAUAUUUGUUGGUUGCAAUUAUCUGGCUUGAAACAUCGAAGAUGAAGUUUAUGUCUGUAUUGUGACCCUUAAUCGGACUACUAAGCUGGGCAGAUAAUAAAUGUGAUUGCCAUUUGAAGAUUCAAUGUAGUCCUCCUAAGUGCUGAUUGGACAUCAUAUAUGUUAGUCUUGUCUGUCCUUUAAAAAUUUGCCAUGAAAAUAUUGUCGAGGAGCUGUGUAGUACUGUAGUAUUUGUCCAUGGAGAAUUGGGUAACACAAACUCGUAUGCUGCAUCCAAUGAUGUGGGAACAGAUCAUUGGAUGAUAGUUAUGCUAACAUUGUAUCAGAAUGGUUGAUACAAUUCAUCUCUGUAUACUAAAUUAGAGUUUACUUUCCGUAGAUUAGUUAUAUUUCUUACUUCAAUUUUAUAUUAAUUUCCCUCGCUGAUAAAUUUUCUUUCUUAAUU